AUGUCCUUCUCUAACCUCGUCUCUGAUCUCGCGUUCAGAGACACUCACGAUGACCGAAGUUCUCAGAUAUCCCAUGUACGAUCGCAAGCCACCGCACGAUCGUAUACAAGCACAGCUGCCACAAGCGUCAGCAUAUCUGGUGACAUCUCCAGUCAGCUUCAUUCCGGUUACAGCCAUCCACUGAGUAGAUCAUGGCAGGCUGAAAAACAGCUGACCAAGGAAAUGCUUAUUUAUCCUCUCUUCAUCACCGACAAUCCCGACGAGGAGACUCCUAUUCCGUCUCUUCCUGGCCAGUAUCGUCGAGGAAUAAAUCGUCUAGUUCCUUUCAUCAAGCCACUUGUCCACAAGGGGCUACGGUCAGUCAUGCUGUUUGGCGUCCCACUACACCCCUCUGCGAAGGAUGCACUAGGUACCGCUGCAGACGACCCAUCUGGACCAGUAAUUCAAGCUAUUCGCCUGCUUAGGUCGCGGUUUCCUCAACUUUAUAUUGUUACAGAUGUUUGCAUUUGCGAGUAUACUUCUCAUGGCCACUGUGGGAUACUGCGAGAAGAUGGGACUCUUGACAACACGCAGUCCGUGGAUCGGAUCUCGGAUGUUGCUCUGGCUUAUGCCGCUGCCGGAGCUCAUUGUGUCGCUCCGUCUGAUAUGAAUGAUGGGCGAGUGCGUGCUAUCAAACUGAAGCUUAUUGAGGCCGGGAUAGCCCACCGUGUCCUGUUGAUGUCCUACAGCGCCAAAUUUAGUGGUUGUCUGUACGGCCCUUUUCGUGAUGCAGCGGGCUCCUGCCCAUCAUUUGGGGAUCGCAGAUGCUACCAGUUACCACCGGGAGGCCGUGGACUCGCUCGGCGCGCUAUACAGAGGGACAUAGGCGAAGGGGCAGAUAUCAUAAUGGUAAAGCCGGCGAGCAGCUACCUGGACAUUAUCAGAGACGCAAAAGAACUCGCCAAAGACAUUCCGAUUGCUGCUUACCAAGUUAGCGGUGAGUAUGCUAUGAUACAUGCUGGCGCCAAGGCGGGCGUAUUUGACUUGAAAUCAAUGGCCUUUGAAAGUACUGAAGGGAUUAUAAGGGCUGGUGCUGGAAUUAUAGUAAGCUAUUUCGUGCCUGAAUUUUUAGAUUGGCUUUAG